UUACCCCUCCCAGCAAGGCCAGGGCAAGAGCGGCAGCGAUGGAGGAGGCAGAGGCUGGGCCGAGGCGGCGGCGCCGCCGCUCGGGUGGCCGGAGCAGCUCGGAGCAAUCGCCUAGCCCCGACCGCCUGGACGUGAGCUCACCGCACUUCGACCCGUUGCUGGCGCUGUACUCGGAGCGCACGCCUCUGCCGUACCCGGCCGCGCCCUGCUUUAACAACCUGGCCGAGUAUGAGAGCUUCCAGCGCGGCCUGCUUCGCGGCCCCGGCCGCCAGCGGGGGGCCUCGGCCCGCAGCAGCCGCCCUUCUGGGACUCGUAACCGGAGCCGACCUGGCCGUCCUCCCGCCGACCCGGAGCGCAUCGAGCGCCUCCGCAGCCUCAUGGUAGCAAGGGAGCCCGGGCGAGAGGCGGCUGAGAAGGUCAGACCGCGGGGCAGGAGGGCGCCGCGCAACGUCCUCACCAGGAUGCCCCUUCAUGAGGGCAGUCCACUUGGAGAACUUCACCGCUGUGUCCGAGAUGGUGUUAAAGUCAAUGUCCAUAUCCGAACUUUCAAAGGUCUUCGUGGUGUAUGUACUGGAUUCUUGGUUGCAUUUGACAAGUUCUGGAAUAUGGCCUUGACAGAUGUGGAUGAGACAUACAGGAAACCUGUAUUGGGCAGAGCUUUCUACGUCGAACCACAGUUGACCCUCACCAGAUUGUUCGACAGACUUAGACUGCAGGAAUCUGUGGCUAAGAAAGGAACUGACUCAAAGAUGGCUGCAGAUCUACCAGGCCUUUCAUGUGAUCCUAGGACACGUGGGAAGAAGGCUAGGUCUGCUCGUGGAAGAUCAGAAGAACACUGUGAAGCAAAGAAGCAUUCAAGCAGAGAGCGGGCACGGAGCUCUAGCUUGCCUCAAGCCUUUGGGAAGGAGGUUGAUCUGCCUGGCAGAAUCUUGCAUACAGAGGGGACAAGUGCAAGCGGCACAAGAGGUCGGUCGCGGAAAAAGCGGAGGCCCAGAGUGGAUUACCAGCAAGUAUUCACACGACACAUAAACCAGAUUUUUAUUCGAGGGGAGAAUGUCUUGCUUGUUCACCUAGCACAUUGAGCUGACUGAGCCUGAUUAACUAACAACAUGAAUUGCAGCAACAGCUGUGUGCUAGUCAGCGGUGUUGUGAGACAGAGGUUAUGAAUGACAUUUCUCUAUGCUCAUUGAGAAGGCUUUUUUGACCAGAAGAAAGAAUCGGAAACAGUACUCUAAAGUACAGGAGCAUCUUGAACUAGUUCCCAGCUUGUUCAGACUAUAAUGUAGCUAGGGUUUAUUAAAGAAACUGAUAAUGCCAGAUCCUGAAGGCCUCGUGGACCUUUUGAAAUUAUGAUGCCUGGAUAGAGAACAAAUAUUGUGUAUAUUUUGAGGGUGUAUAACAUGAAAGCUGAGACAGAUGCCGAACAUUCUGUUUUUGCUAAGCAGUUACAAAAAAAGAAGUCAGUGACCUUGGUGCUUCAUUGCUAGAAUGGUAGUAAUCUAAAAUUAUGGGAAGGCAUGCUUUGAAAAAUAAGGGUAUUAAGGAGCUUGUGAAAAGCUAGGUUUUAGCUUACUUGCACCCAUCUCCCUCAUUCCUCCUCCCCCUUAAUAGUGUGCUGGCCCAAAAGAGGUACUCUAGUCUUGAGCUGCAGCACCCUUUGUUGUCUAAACUGGUAUGUAGAGCAAAAAUGAAUGGAAACGGAAGUGAGUGGUCAUUGCAUGGCAACAUUCACUAGAAAGAGCCUUCAUUUAAUUUUUCUUUGUGUGAACAAAAUAGAAGUUUUGCCUUUUCUUCAAUACUAUAAUGCUUAUGCUCUUAAUCCACCCUUCUCUGCUUUCUCCGUCUAUAAUACCAGCAAAUAAUGUAACUUCCCUAACAAGAGUUUGUCUAAAUGUAUUAUAAGUUGGUUUAAACAAUCCAGUCUCUUAAAGUUGUUCCUGUCCCUUUGUGCAGCAGAGCUAUGAAGACUUAAGUUGAUGUACAUAUGUUGCUGGAACUAUUUGGGAGAACAGGUGGGAUAUGUGCCAGCCACAGUCAUACAGUGCGUUGAGGUGCUAAUUUCCCAGCAUAUGAUGGCAGUCACAGAUAUUGCUACAUUCAGUAUUGAGAAGAUUGUUCCUGCUGUCUUCUAGGUUAUGAAUGACAUCUCUGUAAUGUUAGUUAGGUUCUUCCCAAGAAGCAUGUUUACGGCUACUGCAAGGCAUGAAUAGUGAUUAUUUAGAAAAAUCAGUGGUAUUAAUUGUUCUUCUUUAUCAGGUAAUCAGAAGAACUGUGCAAGAUGUAACAAUGCUUAUGUAUGAACUGUCUGCCAAGAAAGAUUUCAUGGUGCUAUUUAAGGUUGCCGUAUGUUUACAAUGUGUAUAUAUAUAUGUGUGUGUGUGUGGGUGUAUAUAUGGUGGUGUUCUGAUAUCUAGACUUUUUCUGAAUGUCUUGUAAUGCAAAGAAUGUUCAUUAAUAGUAAAGGGCAUUUUCAAAGUC